ACUUUGGUCAUGGCCUUCAUCAAACUCUCGAGAAGCCAUCGCUCCCUCUCUUCUUCUCAAUUGGGUUUCUUCCACUACUCGACCUGGUAUUCUCCACCAUCGCCAUCACAGCCUUUCCGGGAAGAUCCAAUUCUCACAACAAUCUCUCAAGCUAUCACAAACACCCAGUCAAAGCCACUAAACAUUUCACUCAAGAAGCUCCUCCCUUCCCUCACAGCCAUUCACGUUAUCAACCUUAUCAAUCACAAUCCAUACUCUCUGUCGCCGCAUUCUCUCCUUGCCUUCUUCGACUUCCUCUCUUCACAUCCCACUUUUCGCCACACUGUCCAAUCGUACUGUGCAAUGAUACAUUUCCUCGUGGAGCACAAGAUGGUUCCUCAAGCCCGGUCUAUGCUAGCAUACCUUGUUUCUCGUAAAGGAAAGGACUCGGCCUCUUCAAUUGUGGCUUCGCUGCUUGAGACGAGAGUUACCCACCAAUCCAAUAAUGCUGUUUUUGAUGUUUUGAUGGAGGUGUAUACGGAUUCUGGUUUUAUACCUGAUGCAAUCCAGUGUUUCAGAUUGGUAAGGAAGAAUAUUUGUCGAAUCCCAUAUGAGGGUUGUAGGUGUUUGCUUGAUAAAAUGAUGAAAAUCAGGCUGCCAAUGGUGGCUUGGCGGUUUUACCUGGAGAUUUUAGAUUGCGGGUAUCCACCAAAUGUGUAUAAUUUUAACAUUUUGAUGCACAGACUUUGUAAAGAGGGUUCAAUUAUGGAGGCACAGAUGAUAUUUGAUGAAAUUGGGAAGCGGGGUUUGCAUCCCUCUGUUGUGAGCUUCAAUACUUUGAUUAACGGAUAUUGUAAACAGGGAAUUUUGGAGGAGGGUUUUAGGUUGAAAGGAGAAAUGGAGGAGAAGAGAAUCUCCCCUGAUGUGUUUACCUACAGUGUUUUGAUUAAUGGGUUAUGCAGGGAGAGUAGGUUGGAUGAUGCAAAUAAGUUGUUUGACGAAAUGUGUCAGACGGGUUUGCUUCCUAAUAAUGUUACUACUACAACAUUGAUUGACGGGCGUUGCAAGAAUGGGAGAAUUGACUUGGCCAUGGAAAUUUAUCAUCUAAUGUUGAAGAAAGGUGUGAGACCUGAUUUAAUUAUGUACAACACACUCAUAAAUGGCCUUUGCAAAGUUGGGGAUUUGAAGGAAGCAAGGAAACUUGUUAGUGAAAUGAGUGAAACAGGUAUAAAAGCUGACAAGAUCACAUAUACCACUCUCAUUGAUGGAUGUUGCAGGGAAGGAGAUGUUGAAUCAGCUUUCGAACUUAGGAAGCAAAUGGCCAAAGAAGGGAUUGAACUUGAUGAUGUGGCUUUCACAGCCCUGAUUUCUGGGUUGUGCAGAGACGGACGUGUUGACAGUGCAGAAAUAAUUUUGAGGGAUAUGCUGAAAGCAGGGUUGAAACCUGAUGAUGCUACCUAUACUAUGGUCAUGGAUGGGUUUUGUAAGAAAGGUGAUGUUAAGAUGGGUUUCAAGUUGCUUAAAGAGAUGCAGGGUGAUGGACACGUACCAAGUGUGAUAACCUAUAAUGUGCUCAUGAAUGGCUUGUGCAAACAAGGCCAACUGAAAAAUGCUAAGAUGUUGUUAGAUGCUAUGCUUAAUUUGGGAGUUGCUCCGGACGACAUUACAUACAACAUUCUACUAGAAGGUCAGUGCAAGCAUGGAAAUGCAGAAGAUAUUGAUAAAUUAAGAAGUGAGAAGGGACUUGUUGCAGACUAUGCUUCCUAUACUUCCCUAGUUAGUGGGUUGAGUAAAAGUUCAAGAAAACACCAAAAGAGAUGAUUGAUGGUUUUUACAUCUCCUUUGAACUUAGAUUCUCAAGAAGAGUUUCCAAAAUUUCUUGUGGAGAAUAAAUAAAUGUGAGGCUUCAGGAUGAGUUUAAGAAGUGCUAAGAUGAUGGUUUUCUAAUUUUGAAGAUCAAGAACCUCAAAUCAACCUUGCUGAAUUGUCUUUCCCUGUUUGAGGAUCCUGGAUCGAAGCUCGCAUAUGGGUGUCCUGAAUUGGAUUUGUACAUCUACUGUGGACUAUUUGCUACAGUACCAGUGGACACGGGUUAGUGCAUAUUCAAUGGAAUUGAAGAAAUUACUUUGCCUUGAUCCUCCUAAUAUGUGGGUUACAGUAAACCUUAUCAAAGUGGCAGUACAAAUUGAUGGAGGAACAUUUUGAUGGUCAAACAUGAAUUUCCUAUUUUUACCACACCCUCUGGAACAAGAAACUGCUGGAAGAUUUUUCAAGAUUGGUAAUCGUAAUGGCAAUCGGUAACUGGUUUGCAAGGUUUCUUAGUGAAGAACAUAUUUUGACAGUGGUUUUUGAACUCUAGACUGUAUAUGUUCUUAUUAUUAAAGCAGGCCCAUAACUUAUUGUUAAAGCAGUCCCAUAACAUAAGACUAGAAGGGAACUUCUUGGGUUAGAGCACAAGGUACAAGGUUCAAUUCUCUCUCAGGAAAAAAUCAUUGUUGGAGAUUAGAGCACCCAUAGUGGGCUCGCCAAAACGGGUCACAUCUAUAGAGAUAAUUUCAAGAUGGUUAAAAAGCACAUGUGGCAUAUCUGGAUAAGGAGAGGUGGAUACAGAUAUGAAGGGACUUCAAUUGUAGACAGUGAUGGGGCUCCUUUUGCUAUCAUCAACAUGAUGCUUUGAACUCAGUAGAUUUGGAGACGGAAAUGACAUGAAUUGAAAUGGCAUGGUGAGACCUAUCAUGCAAUUGCCGAGCUAGGCAAGUGGCAUACAUGAGUUCUCGGCUGGAUCAUGUCCAACUGUUGGUGUUGGUGGGACAUUGGCGGAGGUGGCUUUGGUUCAUGAACGUUGCAAGUCAAAUGGGUGUGAAAUAUUUUUGAUGCCUGCUCUGAGCAAGUAAGAAUUUGACGGUAUCUGAUCUUCGUUCUUUUUCAUAUCUAUUUUUGUUUUUCUUUUACUGAUGUAUUUUGCUGCAAAUCAAAUUGGGGAGAGGAUAUCAAUCACUCUUUAAUGACUGAAGGCAUCCAACGUAUAGUAUAAUUGGAGUUUUAGGGAAUGAUUCAGAGGGGUUUGUGAAAUUGGAAGAGGUUGAAAAUGUUAGGAAACCUGUUGUCCAUGUAUGAAAAGGCUCGUCACAAGAUCAUCGAGGGCCAAGUUGUGAGGAUACGGGACGAUACAGCAAAAAAUUGUAGAAUCAGCUAUGGAGACGGCCAUUACUUGUGGAAAAAGGAGGGAUACCGAUUAUAGAAAUAAGUUGUCCGUAAGUUUCAGAAAAUAACUUAUAAAUGAUAAUAUAAUAUAUACAUAUAUAUGUAGAUAUAUCUAUGUGUGUGUGACUGACUAUAAAUGUAUGGUUCACUUGCAAUCAAGUAUUUAUAGUUAUGAAGGAAAAUCAAGUGUAAUAGUGACGAACCUCAAUGUGUGAUAUUCUUCAGGGCAUUGAGCUGCGCCAUCGGCACAACGAGAUGCUAGUGGUAUUUA